AUGUGCGGCUGCACCUCUAGUUCUGAGAACACAAGGUCGUAUUCUUUUAAAAAAGCAGAGGCUUCUUCUGCCAAAGACGCAACUUCAAAGUCAAGGAAAAUGCCCAAACGUAUUCCAAUAUCCAAGCAGCUGGCUUCUAUCAAAGCUCUAGGGAAAGGCUCUGAUCUAGAGAAAGCUGUUACUACGUUAGUCUUAGUGUACAAUAAUGCUGCAGAUGCUGAGGGGAAACUCAUCAGAUCUGAAGCUAAAAAGUUGCUACAAACUCAGUUUACACAUUUUAUUCAGGGCCAAGAAGGGAAGCCGAAAUAUCAGGAAAUCCUUGCCAGUUUCGACGAGAGCAAAAACGAACCCAUUGACUUUGAGGAUUUUAUGGUCCAGACGCUUAGUAUCACUCUAAUGUCUGAUCUCCUGGAAGAUAUCAAAAAAUGUGCAAAAAAAUGA